AUGGGCGUCACAAAACCUCAACUCACGACGCCGCCCAGCGCCCCCAGAGCGCUUCUGUGUAUCCAUGGGUCUGGUGGCUCAGCCAACAUAUUCCGCGUCCAGACGGCCAAGCUUCGCAUGGCGUUACGACAUGAGUUCGAAUUCGUCUAUGCCACCGCCCCGUUCGAAUCCGAGCCUGGUCCGGGUGUGUUGCCGCUGUUUCGAGGCAUGGGCCCGUACCGUUCCUGGUUUUUGAAGGACGACGGUGACAAAAAAACUAGAGUGAACCGGACGAACGACAACGAAGAGCCCAGCGCAGACACUUCGUCAGUGGGUGGCCGGCUCUUGGAAGUGAAUAAACCCGUCCAGAAGGUUGUCGAGGACUGGCAGAAGAACAACCCGCAGAUUCCCAUUGUCGGGGUCAUGGCCUUCUCCGAGGGCGCAUUGGUGGCCACGUUGCUGAUAUGGCAGCAGCAGAUGGGAAGGCUGCCGUGGUUCCCAAAGAUGGACGUGGCCAUGUUCAUCUGUUGCUAUUACACCGAGGAGGCCACGGACUACAUAAAGACCGAGUCGCCAGAUGACCAAAAAGCGACCCUGAUCAACGUGCCGAGCGUGCAUCUCCAAGGCCUGCAAGAUUUUGCUCUCCAAGGGUCGCGGACAUUGGCUGCGACGCACUUUUCCCCUGAAAACGCCGACAUACUAGAGUUCCAGGGCGGGCACCACAUCCCCAGCAGAAAGAGCGACGUUGAUGAGGCUGCGAGGCGUUUCCUCAACUUGUUAAAGCGCUGA